AUGCCUGACUUUAAUUCUGUCUCCAGAGGUCUCAACAUCUCAAAGGUAGACUUCCACUAUGAGGAGAACAACAAAGAACAUCACACCAAUGAAAUUUCGAUACAGCGGCUGAUCGUGAGACGAGGCCAGUCUUUUAAACUCUCCUUCAAUGUCGGGCGACCUUUCAGGCCGAACGAUGAAUUCUUUGAAAUGAUUGCUGAGACAGGGCCUGAUGCCUCCGAGUCAAUGGGAACCAAGUCGGUUUUCGGCUUAACCAAAAGCUCUGGGUCCGGAAAAGGGAAACCCUGGAGUAUGGAGGUCCAGAGGAACACUGACACCACAGUCACACUGUCUGUCCUCUGCCCGGCGGACGCCAGCGUUGGACAGUACAGCCUGUCAGUGAGGGCCGGUUCUUCUGCGAGCAGACCAGUUGUGAUGGGAAAACUGCUGGUUCUGUUCAAUCCUUGGUGUAAAGAGGACUGGGUGUAUCUGCCACAGGAGACAGAAAGACAGGAGUAUGUGAUGAAUGAGAAUGGAUGUCUGUACCAAGGAUCAGACAGACACAUUAAGUCACAUGCCUGGGAUUUUGGACAGUUUGAGGACAACAUCGUGGACAUCUGUCUUAAACUGCUUGACGUGAACCCCAAGUGCUUGAGAAAUGCGAGGGAAGACUUCUCAGCACGCUGUAACCCCAUUUAUGUCAGCAGAGUAGUCAGCGCCAUGGUAAAUGCGAAUGAUGACAAGGGUGUGUUGAUGGGAAGAUGGCAUGAGCCUUACAGUGAGGGCGUCUCUCCCAGUCACUGGGACGGCAGUGUGGAAAUUCUCAGAAAGUGGUUUGAUUCUGACUGCCGCCCAGUAAAAUAUGGCCAGUGCUGGGUGUUCACAGGAGUCAUGUGCACAGUGUUGAGGUGUUUGGGUAUCCCUUGUCGCCCCGUCACCAACUUCCAGUCAGCCCAUGACACCAACGCAAAUCUCACUAUUGAUGAGUACUUCUCUGAGAGUGGUGCAAAUCUCAAGAACAGCCCUGACAGCAUAUGGAACUACCAUGUUUGGGUGGAAGCAUGGAUGAAACGCCCAGACCUUUCUGCAACCGCUGAUUAUGAUGGCUGGCAGGUUGUUGACCCAACUCCACAAGAGAAAAGUGAAGGUACAUACUGCUGUGGUCCAGCUCCCGUUAAAGCCAUUUUGGAGGGACACACUAAUAUCAAAUAUGACGUGCCCUUCGUGUUUGCUGAGGUCAAUGCUGACAUCGUGAACUGGAUGGUGAUGUCCGAUGGUUCAAAGAAGAAGGUGUCCACGGACAAGGUAUCAGUGGGCCAGAACAUGAGCACCAAGGCUGUGGGCAGGGACGUCAGAGUGGACAUAACAUCCAACUACAAAUACCAGGAAGGCUCAAAGAGAGAGAGGGAAGUUUUCAACGAGGCUGUUGGAAGACUCGGCGGCCAUAUUCCAGAUGUGGGCACCGGCACUGGGCCUCGUAAAAUCACUGUGAAAAUCGAGGAAGUCAGCAAACCAGCUCUUGGUUUGGACAUCAACCUGAAAACCGUGUUGCACAAUAAUAGCUCAGAAUCUCAGACCCUCUCAGUCCACCUGAAUGCCCAAGCUAUGCGUUACACUGGCGUUGUUGCUGCUGCCAUCUGGAAUGGGGUGAAAGAGAUUGAACUUUUGCCUGGGAAAGCGCAGAGUUUGCCCAUCACCAUUCCUUUCUCCAGUUACGGAGAGAAGCUGCUGGACAACAACAGCAUCAAAGUCAGCGUCAUUGCAACAAACAAACGUGACUCGAAUGAAACUUACCUUGCCCAGAAAGACAUUGUUCUGCAGAGUCCACCACUCAAAAUAGUUGCCAGUGGAACUGCGCAGCUAUUCCGUGAGGCCGCGGUAGAGGUGAUCUUCGAGAAUCCCCUGCCUUCCGUCCUGCGAAACUGCAGCAUCACUGUGUCAGGCAGUGGCCUGCUUCAACGGCCGGUAGUGUCCCGGUUUGAGCUGGGCCCAGAUCAAAAGAUGAGGAUGAAGCUGUCCUUCUUUCCCUACAGACAAGGCCCUAAGAAACUGGUGGCGACCUUCGACUGUAGCAUACUGAGGGACAUCAAAGCCAGCUGUGACGUCAACGUCUUACUUUCGAACUGAAACAUCUUAAUAGCAGAGGAGGCUCAUCCGUUGAGGGACCGUCCUCCCAAAACAUUUCAGAGGAAAAUGCACUUCAAAGAGAAAAAUAAAUACGUGUAAAUUUAACAGGCUAAUCUGUGAAUAUACUGAUAAUUUUACUAUUUUAACACUUUGAAGUCACAAAAAUCGUCUCCCUGCGUCAAAAUACCGACAGCGCCCCCCCUACCGCAACUGAAAAUCACUGUAUGGAGGUCCCACCCCCCCCAGCCUCCAGUUAAUGUCCAUUAUAAACACCUGUCAUCCCAGCAGCACAAAAGUCCUGGCUUUUAACAUGGGGGUGAAUGGCAGUAUGGGAGGACGAACCUCCUCAGUGAUCUUCUGCCCACACUGCGCAUUUGUGUACACAUCUAUGCAGCAAGCUAAGCAUUCCUCCAAAAAGUAGCCCGAGAUAGGGGUUUGCUACAGCUGUAUUUAACGGAGUGGC